CGGCAGCAAACUAACAAGGCACAUCGUACGCUCGAGGAGAGGAGCUGCGUUCGUGGUGUGCAUGGCGGAAUCGGCGAUCUACCGGCUGCCGGAGGAGUGCGUGGCAUACGCCAUCUCGCUGACGACGCCCGGCGACGCGUGCCACUCGUCCGCGGUGUCGCCGGCCUUCAGGGCCGCCGCGGACUCCGACGCCGUCUGGGCGCGGUUCCUGCCGCCGGACCACGCCGACAUCCUGGCGCGCGCCGACGACCCGGGCGCCGUCACCGCCGGCUGCGCGUCCAAGAAGGAGCUCUUCUCGCGCCUCUGCGACAGCCCCGUCCUCCUCGACGGCGCCACCAUGAGCUUUGGGCUGGAGAGGCGGAGCGGCGCCAAGUGCUUCAUGUUGUCGGCGAGGGCGCUCAGCAGGAAAAACGACCCUUCGCGCUGGACGUGGGCCGCUAGCCCGCCAGGAUCCAGGUUCCCGGAGGUGGUGAAGCUGCAGGACGUGUGCUGGCUGGAGAUCAGCGGGAAGCUCAGUCUGUCGCUGCUGUCUCCGGGGACGACCUACGCGGCGCACCUCGUCUUCGCCAUAGCCGACGACUCGUACGGCCUCGAGUGCCACGUCGGGAUGCCGGCGCUUAAGGCCACGGUCACCGUCACCGUCUCCGGCAAGACAACGAUGGCGGAGCACGACAUCUGCCUGCACCACAUGCAGGGCGAGGCGGAGGCCGCGGCGCACCGGCGGACGCAGCAGUACGUGCGCCUCCGCAGGGGCUACGGCGGCGGAGGGAAGGCGACGGUGCUGACGACGACGAGGGAGGCCGACCCCGACAUCAGGUGCCCCCGGCGGAGGGGCGACGGGUGGGCCGAGGUCGAGGUGGGCGAGUUCGCCGUGGCGGGCGACGAGGGCGACGCCGCGGACGUGGAGGUGACGGUGCAGGAGGAUAGCCUGCGCUGGAAGAGGGGCCUCGUGGUGCUGGGCGUCGACAUCCGGCCCAAGCAGCACACGCCAACGCCAUGCUAGCUAGCUAGCGCAAUGGCCGGUGCCCGCUGCCCGGUGGAUUUUAUUUUUUAUACAAAAAUCUAGGGAGAAAUUAACAAGCUAAGUGCUGAUCAAAUUAGAUCCAGUCAGGAACAGGUAGGCGAUGUGCCCACUGCUCAAUAAGGCCAAGCUUUAAAACCUGUAUCUUUUAUGGACAGACUAGUGCACUUUU